GUUACCAUGAAUGUAGGUUCUCUCUCUUCACUCUCUAUCUAACACCACUUCGCGUUUCUUCUUUUUCAAUUUCUCUCUAUCAACCUUUUCUCAGAUCUUGAGAUAUGAAAUUUCUCACUAUUGCGGCUUAAUAACUGCCCUAGAUAUGAUCAUCGACACAGUUCGAUGAUAGGGAUCGCGGUCAGAAAGUUUGACGGCGGAUCUGAGCUUUCUUAAACCGGUCAAAUCAAAACUCUCAACACUAGGUUUUUGAGAGUCGAGAUGUAUAAAAAUCAGUUGCAGGAGUUGUCGCAGCGGAGUUGUUUCAACUUGCCUUCAUAUACCUGCAUUAGAGAAGGUCCCGAUCACGCACCGCGAUUCAAGGCUACUGUGAACUUCAAUGGUGAGACCUUUGAGAGUCCUGCCUUUUGCUCUACGCUCAGACAAGCCGAACAUUCAGCAGCGGAGGUGGCGCUCAAUGCGCUAGCUAAUCGUGGCCCAUCUCACUCACUGGCUGCUAGGAUUCUGGAUGAGACGGGAGUUUAUAAGAAUCUCUUGCAAGAGGUUUCACAAAGAGUAGGAUCAUCUUUACCAGUUUAUACAACUUUCCGCACUGGGUAUGGGCAUCUGCCUGUCUUCACCUGCAUUGUGGAGUUGGCUGGAGUCAAAUUUACUGGCCAACCAGCCAAGAACAAGAAACAAGCUGAAAAGAAUGCUGCUAUGGCCGCUUGGACAUCUUUGAAACAAUUACCGCAACAAUCUGAGAGCAGCAGCACAUCUGAAAGGGGUAAUAAUAACGAUGAACAGGAGCAUAUUGGUGUAGCACGUGGACUUCAGUUAUUUCUUUGGAGGGCAAAGAUGGCUCAUUUACAGUUUCCAAUAUUGUUCCCAACACAAAACCCUAGACCAGCAGCAGCUGGAAUUCUCUCCACUCCUAUUAAAGCAUCGAAAAUCCUGCCAUUGUUAAUCCCCUCCAAUAAUAAUCCUCCUGUUGUUGUUCCUCGUCAACCCAGAUUUAUCAUUAGUAACAACACCACAAUGGUAAACAAACAACCCCCUCCCAAAAUCCAACCAACAACAGCUACAACAACAGAUAAUACAAAGGAAACCCUUCAACCUAGUAAAUUCCCCGCUGUCGGAGCAGCACCAUAUAUUCCUUUCCAUCAUUUCAGGGGACCCCGUCAUGGAAUUGCACCGCCAGUCAUAAUCAGAAGUUCAAUACCCGUUUUCUCAUCCCCGCCUGUCCACCAUAAUUCUCCCGCUGCCGCCCCACCAAGGCAGGUGGUGGUGACUCCUCCUCUUCCUCCUCCUCCACCUGUGGUUGUUACUAAGGCUGAAAAUGGGACUAUGGAGAAUAAUGUCAGGUUAAAUCAGGAUGAUGAUAAUGAUGAUGAUAAGAGCAAGAAACUACUACUGUAAGAAGAAGAACCCUUCCUUUUUCCUCCCUCCAUAUCUUCUAAGAAUUUACAAUUAGCUUAUUUCUGCAUUCAACUCUUUUUUUUCUUCUUUUCUUAAAUAAUAUUUUAAGGUUAUGAUUUGUAUCAAUUAAUUAAAGUUAAAUCCAGCUAGGCUGGUAACUGUGAGAUUAAUUAUCUCAAGAUAUUGAAAGGCAAGGUUUUAGAAGGUGGAAGAAACUGCUCAUGAUGUGAACAAAUGGAAAUUCAUGUUUGUAAGAGUAAUAUUGUCUCCUUGUUGUAUUUAUUUAUUUAAGGUAACUUUUAU